AAUUCAAACUUUUGAAAAGUUAUAUAUAAACGGAAGUUUUUGAGUCUCUCGUAUGAAAUGGAAGUACAAUUAAUUUAGUUUGCUGAACUAUUUUAUGUCAUAAAAUGGAUAAAAAACAACAAUUACUUAAUCAUGAAAGUUACCUUAUAAAGGAAAUAGAGCAUUAUGAAAAUAAAAUAAAAGAAGCGUUGAACAAUGAGCAAUCCAAAACAACUUACAUUGAAAGUGAUAGCUCUGAUUUAGAAUAUGAAUUGAAAAUUAAUAAUGAAUCCUCAUUAUUGGACUUGAAGCUUGAAAAAAAACAUAUAAAGACAUGUUAUUUAGCAACAGCUGAACUAGCAGAUGUAACUAUUGUGGAGUUUGUGAUAAAUAUUCUUCCUGAAGACCCUGAAUUUGAUGGAGUACCAAUAUUAGAGCCUGGCGUGUGGAAAGAGAUAAUGGCAGAAUGCAGAAUAGGAAUGGUACCAUUUUCAAUCAGCUUCUUCUCUCACCAACCUAGUCGCCCAUUUGCACCAGUAUCCUUUAGGAACCUACAAGUGUUGCCAAUUAAAAAGCCUCAAGAAAUGGAACUCUCUAAAUCAGUGUUGCCACGUUUGACGAAACCAUCUGAUGCUAUACAGACACUUCGUAGUUAUGAGAAUGCCUACCGAUCAAGACGGACUACAUUAGCUAAUUUAUCGGACAGAUAUGGUGACUUUGUGACCUUGGAAUCAAAGGUUGAUGGCGGUUAUAUCAUAAAAUGCGAUGAAAUAUUGAACCUGACGUGGUUAUUGCAAAACAAGAAUUCUCAUUUAACGAGAUUCCAACACAAAAUGAGCUUUGACUUGGAAUAUAUUGAUGAAUCGUACGUAAAAAUAAUUCGAAAAGCGAACAAGAAGCUGGAAAACCAAUCAAUACAGACAGACGAAAGGACACAGUUACUCUCUGCUAUAAUAGAUGCCUGUCUUCUAGCCAAGGCUUCGCUGGAAAGCCAAACUGAAAGUGAAAACGAAAGGAUCAAAGAGACACCUCAAAAUGAAGAAAAUAUUAUGGCUCCACCAAAAACUAUUCCAAAAAAAUUUAAAAAAGCAUCUCCAAGAUCAGCUUUGGUCGAAGAUAGUUUUAAAAAAGCAAAAACUGAUCUGAAUUUGAAUAAAAAGAAAAAUAUUGCACUUAAUAAUAAAAAUUCACAGCCUCAUAACAAAAAUACAGAUAAGGAAUUGAUAAGAAAUGAAAAUAUGGAAAGAGAUAAUAAGAAACAAGGUAAAAAGCCGUCUAAAAUAAAGGUUGUCAGUGAAAAAGAUAUACAGACAACAGAUGCCACAAUUAAAUCCGUCAAUGUUGCCAACAAGAAGACUAUUCAAAUUACUGAAGAUAGAAUUAUAAUGACGGGAAAUAGUAAUAUAGAAAAUAAGAAAAGAAAACUUGAUGCUACGGAAAAGAUACCUGUUAAAAAAAUUAAGUCUAAUAUAGAAAAUAGGAAAGAAAAUGUAAAUAAGGACAGUGGAAAACCUAAUACAGACAAGACAGAUAAAGUGACAGAAAAGCAAAUCUCUAAUACAAACUCAGUGACAAAAAAUAAUGCCAAGUUAAAGCCAAAACAUAAUGCAAACAAGGAAAUAAACAAAAAUGGUUCUAAUGGAAUUGAAAAAAUUCAGAAAAAGGUUGAUAAACAAAAUGGACCUAAUAUUGAUAAUCAAAAGAUGCCAACAAACACACAAAAUAAAGAAAAAACUGGAAACUUACAUAAGCUAAACAAACCUGGCAAUUCACAGAAGAUAAAUCAAAUAACUGGUUUACAAAAAGAAAACUCUGGCAAUCUAAAUAAAAUUACUGAAGAAGGUAUUGUAAAUAUAAAUAAAACAAAUAAAAUUGGAAAUCUUCAGAUAAAGGAUAAACCUGUUUCACAAAAAAUGAUUGAAAAUACAAAUAGAGGUAACACAAAGAUCCAGAAUAAUAACACUGAUAAAGGAAAUACACCAAGUAUAAAGCCGGGAGAUAAAAGAAAAUCUUUAGGCAGUGGUGGUAAAUCGAAGAUUCCUCAAAAGAAGCCAGAAUUUAAGAAUCCCUUACUACUUAAGACAGGUACUCUUAAACCGUCGAGUCUUCCAGCAAAGUCGAAACUAACAAAUAUACCAAUUGUGAAGCGGCCAUAAUUGUGGAUCGAUUAGAAACUUUUAGAGUAUAUUAGUAUCCAGAAUUGACUUUUUCAGUAGAAAACGAUUGCAAACCACACUUAAACAAAUGGAAUUACAAUUAUUGUUCUAUUAAAGUCUCAUUUAAGUAGUUCAUUAAAUUGCCCUCAUCCAGAUAAAAUAUAAAUUCAUUUGUUAGAAAACUGAUAAUAAUAUUUUUUUCUUUAUCCCGACGUAAACUAAACUUGGGUAUAGUAUUUAUGUCCAGAAAGAAAUAUAUAUGGAUGUGAUUUUGCCGGAACAAAAUGGUUGUUAUUUUAAGUCUGGUUUAUGUAAUAAAAAUGUAUUUACAA